AUGGCUGGAUCAAGUAAAGGAUCAUCAGGGUCAAGUAAGUCAGGUAAAGGGUCAGUAUCCCAACUUUUGGCUUCUGCCAUUCCAAAUUUUGUUAUUGCUGCAGUUUUCUUCCUUCUUUUCAUUGCUUUGAGAAAAUCUCAAAGACGGGUUUAUGAACCUAGAGCAGAAGUUAAGUAUUUGCCCAGAGACUUGAGACCAGACUCUUCUCCAAAAGGGUUGUUUGGCUGGCUCACCCAUAUUUUACGUAAACCAGAAGGUUUUAUCAUUCAACAUGCUGGUCCCGAUGGUUAUUUUUUCACUCGUUUCCUUUUUGAAUUUGCUUUUAUUUCGUUACUUGGUUGUAUAAUUUUAUGGCCAAUUUUGUUCCCUCUUUCUGCUACCAAUUCCAAUCACAACGUUGAAUUGGAUAUCUUGGCUUUUGGGAAUAUCAAGAAUAAAUACCGAUAUUUUGCUCAUGUUUUCCUUUCUUGGAUUUACUUUGGCUGCUUUAUCUUUUUGAUUUAUCGUGAAUUGGUUUACUACGUUACUUUCAGACAUGCUUUACAAUCCACCCCCUUGUAUGACUCUUUAUUAUCCUCUAGAGUCUUGUUAUUAACCGAAGUUCCUUCUCACUUGUUGAGUGAAACCGAAAUUAGAAAUUACUUCCCAACCUCCACUAAUCUCUGGUAUGCUCGUGAUUACGAAGAAUUACAAGAAUUGGUUAAGGAAAGAAGUAAGUUGUCCGGUAAAUACGAAGGCGCCUUGAAUAAAACUAUUACCAAAGCCGUCAACUUGAGAAAUAAGGCUUCCAAGAAGAAUAAACCUCUUCCUGAACCCGCUGAUGAUAUUAAUCAAUACUUGAAGGACGGUAAAAAGAGACCUACUCAUAAAUUGAAAUUCUUGAUUGGUCAAAAAGUUGAUACUUUGGAUUAUUGUCCGGAAAAAUUGGGUGAAUUAAAUAAAGAUAUCAAAAAACGUCAAUUGGAACAUAACUCCAAUACUCAAAUUCCUUCGGUCUUUAUUGAAUUCCCAACUCAAUUGGAAUUGCAAAAAGCUUAUCAAGCUAUUCCUUACAAUGACGAAUUCAAAAAAUGUGGUAGAUACUCUGGUUUGGCUCCUGCUGAUGUUAUUUGGCCCAAUUUGGCUUUAACCCCAAAUAAAAGAAGAGUUAAAAAAGCUAUCGCCUCCACCGUUUUAACCUUGAUGAUUAUCUUUUGGUCUAUCCCAGUUGCAGUGGUUGGUGCCAUUUCUAAUAUCGAUAACUUGAUUUCUCAAGCUCCUUGGUUGAGCUUUAUUAAUAAUUUACCUUCGGUUCUUUUGGGUCUUAUUAAAGGUUUACUCCCAGUUGUUGCCUUGGCCAUUUUAAUGUCUUUGAUUCCUCCCUUUAUUAAAAAAAUGGGUAAAGUUGCCGGUUGUAUCACUGUUCAAGAAGUUGAAAGAUAUUGUCAAUCUUGGUUCUUUGCUUUCCAAGUUGUUCAAUCCUUCCUUGUCAUGGCCCUUUGUUCUUCGGCUAUGGGUGCUGUUCCUAGCAUCGUCGAAGAUCCAAGUACCGUUCUUCCCUUAUUGGCCCAAAAAUUACCAACCUCUGGUAAUUUCUACUUGGCCUACCUCUGUUUCUUUGGUUUAACCACCGCUGCUGCCUUAUUAUUCCAAUUGGUUGCUUUGAUUUUGGCUCAAUUCUUGGGUAAAAUCUUGGAUGGUACUCCUAGAGCUAAAUGGAACCGUUAUACUACCUUGGGUCAACCUUUCUUUUCUGUCUUGUAUCCAAAUAUGCAACUUAUUUGUGUUAUUGCUUUAGCUUAUGCUUUCUUGGUUCCUUUGAUUUUAGGGUUUUCCACCAUUACCUUCCUUUUCCUUUUCGCUGCCUUCUUAUACACUUUGGUUUAUGUCAUGCGUCCUAACCUUACCGAUGCUCGUGGUAGAAAUUACGCUUCUGCUUUAUUCCAAUUAUUUGUUGGUUUAUACUUGUCAGAAAUUGUUCUUGUUGCCAUGUUUGUUUUCACCAAAAAUUGGGCUUGUGUUGCUUUAGAAGCUGUGGUUAUUGUCGCUACCGCUAUUUGCCAUAUCUAUUUCAAGAGAAUUUUCUUACCAGUUAUUGACGCUGUUCCAAUUUCUGCUCUUAAAUACUCUGCUGGUGAUCACACUUUCCAAUAUCCAAUGCACGAUCAAGGUCUUAAAGAAAUUAAAUCUGAAGGUGAAAAUUACUGGCAUGGUGGUAACCAAUUAGGUUUAACUGGUACUCAACAUGAUCAGGUCUUACCAGAAAUUAAACGUGGUCCUUCUGAUGAUGCUCAUAAUGCUAAUACCGUUAUUGGUUCUGAUGAAUCCGCUAAACAAGAUGCUGCUACCAAUCCAUCUUCUUCUACUGGUCAACUCAUUAAUAAAUCUGACAGGGCUAACGUUGAUGAUGAAAAAUCACCAGUUGCUGAACAACCUCAUACUAGAUCUAAUGGUUCUAGUAAGAAUCCAGCUUCUAUCUUGACUAGAUUCUUCAGCCCAAGAACUGAUUCAUUCGACCGUGUUAGAGGAUUGAUGCCUGAUGCUUACUUUAAUUAUAUUGAAUAUAACCCAGAAUUUUUAAGAACUGCUUAUGAAGAUCCUGCUGUCAAUGAUGAAGAACCUCAUAUUUGGAUCGCAAGAGAUGAAAUGGGUUUGUCUGAAAUUGAAAAGAAUAAAGCUUUGGAACAUGGUGUUGAUGUUUCUGAUGAAGCUGCCGUCUAUAAUGAAAAGGGUUCUCUUGAAUACACUGGUCCUCCACCUUCUUAUGAAGAAGCUUUGAGAACCUAA